AUGUUGACCUCCAACGUGUUCACGCUGCUUCCACUUUUAGUAGCCGGAGUGACGGCCGCUCCCUCUCCCUCUCUAGACAUCGGCUCGAACCUGCUUUCCGCUCCACUGCCCGGCUACGGCGUAGAAGAUUUCCAAUGGGAGUUGGAAGUAUUCCCAGGCGUGGUCCAAAACUUCACCGGCACCAUUGAGCAGGUAGCGAGACAGGCCACCCAGAUCAACCCAGACUGGGAGGAACACAUGGCGAAUAUCACUGCCUCCACUGACGUCGACGUCUCACACUUGGAACGAAGAAAAGACUUUUAUCGGACUGAUUGCAACCCGCGCUACAAAUGGGACGAAGCACAGGAAUUCGCAAUCAAUGAGGGCACUAGAUACCUUUGGAAUCAGCAAGGCCGGCCUAGAAAUGGCCCUGGGCCAGGUAACUGUGGUCGAGUCAGCUGCUCUUACCGGUCUGCAAUUUGGUGGUGCAACGAUAACCGAGAAGCAUUCACUGUCGCCUUUUGGGGGUUCAUAGCUGAUGGUGCUGGCAUCAUUGUCAGGCAAUGCGCCAAAGAUGGCUGGGUAAAGGGACAGAUUUUCCAUGAUGACAACUGGAAUGUUAUUGUCCGAGGAGACAAGGACAAUUGUUAA